AACGACGUAACCUUGUCUGGCACACAAAGAUGACGUAAGCAACAGCGCGACUGGGGGAAGCUAUAAUGCUAAACAAAUGAUAGCGAGAGAAACAGACCGGAUUAUUGCACUUCUCUGCGCUGCAUGUGAAUAAAUCUAAGUGAUUAUUGUGCUGAAGAUAUAAUUUAACUAAUUUCUCAGAGAUUCACACAAUAUAAGCAAAAUGGCAUACAGGAGGGACAGAAAUGUGUAUGACGACCGCUUUAUAAAUGAAAGACCGGGUCCCUAUCCUCGGGCAGCCGGUGGAGUGGAGAGAAGGGUCCCUUACAGACCAGAGGAAGAUUACGGUGGUCGCAGUGGUUAUGGUUCUGAAGGAGCUUCUCGCUUUUUCCCAAACGGAGGUGGCCCCCGCAGUUACCAUGGUGAAGACAGGGCUUACCAUGCAGACAAUGUUCAUUUCCCCGCAGAGCGCCGGGCAGGUCCAGGUUCAAGACGGCAGGAAGAUUAUUCCUACCCUGCUCAAAGAGUUCCCAGAGAAGAGCCACACCCCGGAAGGACUUUAGAAUUUAGUUCUCGUGCACCUCCCCAUGCUGUGAGAGGCCAAGGCAUGUACCCUGCAGCCAGAGCCCUUCCAGAAAGUGGAGAAGACACAUUAGUACAAGCCAUUCUCAACCUUGACCGCGGGAGGAAGGCAGCUCAGUUCUCUGCUCCCAUCAGAGAGCGCUCCCCAGUGCGUAGAGAAGUGGCCCGCUCCCCCCACAGUCGCUCCGGCUCCAGCGUCAGCAGCCGGGGAUACUCACCAGACCGAGCCAAGAACCUGCCAUUCCCAGCGGCACAAAGCAAAAGUAUGGACUCAACAGAAGGACAUGCAGGUCUUUCUGAAUACCUUUGGGGGGCGCUGUAUUCUCAACAAAGUGGACAUGAAACUUUGGACAAAAUUCCAGGGCUCUCAAGGGAAGGUUCACCACAUAGUGCAUCUCCAAGCAAGGAGGAGAUCCAUCUGCCUGAAGCCGAACCAGAAGAGAAGGCGGUAGUUCCUGUCGUAAACCAAGAAGAUGUUCAGAAAUCUAACUUUCACGAGCGACGAGCCUUAGCCAUAACAGCGAAAGCCCAGGAGAUUGAGAAGGUGUACCGGCAGGAUUGUGAAACCUUUGGUAUGGUGGUGAAGAUGCUUGUUGCGAAAGACCCUAACCUAGAAAAACAGCUGCAGGUUCCCCUUCGAGAGAACCUCGGGGAGAUCCGUGAGCGAUGUUUGGAGGACCUAAAACAGUUCAUUUCUGAGCUGGAUGAAGUGGUACAACAGUCUGACCACUUGGCCUGUGACUCUACCACUCCCACCUCUGCAGCCCUCAGCAGCCAUAAGCUCAAUAAAACUGGACUCAAUCACAGCUCUUCUUUUUAAUAAGAAUUGGACUGUUCUGUUUGUUAUUAUAUGGCAAAGACUUUUUCACUACAAAUCAUGUGUUUGAUAAAAGUUCUAAGGACGGUUUUGGCCUUCUGUUCAUUUUCUCUGUGGACACAACUUGAAGAAAAGUGUUGCUUCUCUAGUUCUGUGUUGGUUUGACCCACUCUUUAAUUCUGCUGGGACAUACUGUUAUCAUGGUCAUGACAUCUACUUGGAGAUUUGGCAGUUUCUUUUAAUAAAAAAUAAAGCUUGCCUUUAUUAAAAAAUAAAAAUCCAUCCUCAUUUAGCUUCAGAAACUGAAAUACUUUUUUCUCAUAGAAAAUGUAUGUAUUGACUGACAUUCAUUGAGGAGUUCUAAUGCAUACUCGAGGAUGCAAUGUUUUGUGGAAAAGAACAGUAUUACACUAUUCUAAAAGUAUUUGUCAUUAAAAUACUUCAAAUUCAGGGUUAAGAAGAGUAAAAGAGUUAUACUGAUUUACUCAGCACAAGAAGUCAUGCCUGUCAAGACCAUUUGUUCAAGUUUGUCCUGUACAUUUUAUACAAUGACUGUCAAUCAGCAGAGGUUUGAACAGUUGAAAGACUUUUUAUAAUGUGUGAAACUAUAAUUAUUCUUUCAUUUCAUGUUAUUUUUGCUUGCUUGAAAGAAAAUCUAGCCCAGGACCUAAUUAAUUUGUGUUUUUGCUUAAAACCUUUAAAAGUUAAAUAAUAAAAGAAUUUAUGGAGAUUUU